UCUCCAUUCGGCUAAGUGCUCGACCGCGCUGAUCCAUUAAUCUCGCACGCAGAUAACGCUUUUAAGCUCCUCGCGACAGUCGAAAUCUCUAAUUUCCAUGUAGCAUCAAUCUCGCGGAGUCUCGAAAAAUGAUCCGGAGCUUCGCGAUUGUGACUGUGGAUAUUUUAACAAGAUGCAGCACAUCGGCUUAACGCGGAUGUGUGCUACGAGCUUAAACAGUAUGCAACGGAUGAGACAGAACUGGCACGUGACGGAGGCUGUCUUCGAGGAAGAGAAUCGCCGCAAUCGCAAUGGCGACGCAGCACCCGGAUCGGUGGGAAGACUUUUGAUGGAUCACAGAUAUCGAUUCACGCUGUGAUAACGCCCUGUCGUGAGUGCCCCGACGUAGUCGAUAUCAUCACGACGAUCAGUCUAAGGAACCAUAAAAGGUAGCCGCUCCUCGUGAAAGAGUCUUAGUGUACUCAUCGCGAGCGAGCCACUUGGUACUUACUCCCUCGCUACUGGAUCGGCUGCGAUCAGCUUCGAAUAUCAUCAAGAACUAUGUCGAGGAAUUAUGCAGAUUCGCGGCGUUGCCCGCGGCUUCAUAACGCCGGCAUCGUGAUCGUCUGAUGCGAGAUCAUCGCCGUCACCCGCGCCUUGCCUGAUCCGCAUGAGAUUUCAGAAUUCAAAGUGGCCGGCAUCCGAGAAUGUCCAAGAAGCAAUGGCUGGUCCUGCUGAUGUUGUUCCUCACGUACCUGCUGCUGGGCGCCUCAAUCUUCUACCACAUCGAGAGUCGCCUCGAAAUCGACAAGAUCGCGCAAGCUAAGCUGGAACGCAUCGACAUCAACGCGUUACUUCACGAGCACUAUGUACCCAGUACGAAUCACAAUCAGUCGGAGAUCCUGGAGAAGCUUACCCAAUACUGCGGCAAAUCGGUCUACAAUUAUACCGAGGGCGAAGUCGACCGGCACCAGUGGGACUUCUACAACAGCUUUUACUUCGCCUACACGGUCGUUAGCACCAUCGGCUACGGCAAUCUAGCACCGACAAACACCCUUAGCCGCAUCCUGAUGAUCUUCUACGGCUUGGUGGGCAUCCCGAUGAACGGGAUUCUGCUGACGCAGCUGGGUGAAUUCUUCAGCUACGCGUUCGUCAAGGCGCAUCGGAAAUACAAAUCUUAUAAGCAUGGCCAAUCUGAAUACUCCCUUAAGAAACCGAUGCUGUUCGAGACGCGCAAGGUGGGUCUGGCUGCGCAGAUCUUCAUGUACCUGAUGCCCGGUUUCGUCAUGUUCAUCUUCUUUCCGGCGUUCCUGUUUUCGCACUACGAAGGCUGGACAUACGACCAAUCGGUCUAUUACGCCUUCGUUACGCUCACGACCAUCGGUUUCGGCGAUCUCGUGGCGGGACAAGAUAAUACGAAGGGAAGCGGUCCAUCCUUCAUCGCGUAUAAAGUAUUUCUCAUAUUCUGGAUCUCCUUCGGGCUGGGUUAUAUCGUCAUGAUAAUGACGUUCAUCGCUCGCGGCAUGCGUAGCAAGAAGAUCACGAGACUUGAACAUAAACUGGCGAUGAAUCUCAAGCAUACGCAGAGCAAGAUUUGGAACGAGUUUAACAAAGAGGUCAACUACCUGCGCCGCGUUUUCAACGAGUUACAGCUCUCCAAAGUCAAGAGGGUAUAUGUCGACGAGUGCGAUUACGAGGUGCCUACAGCAAAACUCUCGCGCAGCAACAGUUUCCCGGACCUUCGAAAUUUGACAAUCGGUGGAUACGCGGACAACUUUACGCCGCAUCCGCGACGACGAGCUAAUAGCGAGGUGGUACCAACGGAACAACUGACGCGCGUGGUAUCCGAAACGGAUCUUCAAAGGAUAGACAAGACCGCGACGUUCGCCGCGCACGCGAUGGUGCAACCGGCGGAGCUUCUGGCACGUUUGGUGAACGUUCUCGGUUACAUUCCUCCGCGGGAUGAUUUGGACUGGGAAAACGAGGAUCAGACGAAACAGGCAGAUGUGCAGAACGACAUUCAGAGCAAGCCGAUCGAUCAAGGUCUUGCCAACAACGUUUCCCAGUGGAAGAUCGGCGGGGAGAAAUUCCCGUUCGCCAAACCUCGGUCUAGAGCGGCGAGCGAGGUGCGACUGCAGACGACGAAGGACGAUUACGCUCAACAGAACGCCGAGUGGACCUGGUCCGGCCCGGUAGCCUCGAAGAAACUGCAGGAGCUGAUGAAAGCACGCGACACGACUCUACCGUCAAAGGACAAGCCGUACAGGAAGUUCCCAUCGCUCGCACUACCGAUUACCGCGCCUAAGAAUUUCUUCCCCCGGUGGAGGAGACAGUCCUCGAAGAGGAUGUCCGAGGUUGUUAGUCCCAUUGCGAAGAACAUGGAGAAAGUCGUCAUGGACGACAGUGAGAGGAGCAAUCAGCAGAACAACUCGAUCGGCGGUCCAAUCGGUCCGCCGCCCUCUUACUCUUUAGAUGAGAGGCAUGACUCGAUGUCGAAGAGACCGCAUUAUUACACUCAUACUGGCGCCAAUCUAUCGACUUACCUGGAGGGCAAUAAUUUACUGGAAGAAACGAGUCUGGCAGAUUUCCUCAGAGCGUUAACUGCUCUCCACGCGAGGGUGGGAACGGUGCCGGACGAUUACAUUGCCAAACCCAAGAGGAAGCUGGGAACUGCCUGCCUGAGUCCGCCGAAGCUGCCUAGUUUGUUCACCCUGUUCUCCGGGCCGAACGGGCCCGGCUCAGGUUCGGCGACUCAAAGCAAUCAGAACACUGUCACGGACGCGCAGUCGUAUCAGUCGAGCAGAAGAGUGUCGCUUAAAACGCCCGAGAGUAAUUAUUCCGGUUCCACCACGCCUAUGCCGUACAUCAGGAGGGAGAGUGUUGCUGUAAAACCCAGGAGAUUCUCUCUGAGACCAGUAAUGACCCCAGUGAGUCCUUCCACGCCGUCCGAUUAUGGAUCACCGCGACCGUCGGUACGAGAUGUUUUAAACGAUCGAAACCUUCGGGAAUCUUCCUACGUCUCGAUGGAACCAUUCAUCUCCGUAUCACCGAAGGAACCGCUCGUGAACAUGGAAGGACCACCAGGAAUUUCAUUGCCGAUCAAGCCAUCCGGGAGUCGACGUUUCUCUAUAAGACCAGCUCAACUCAGUGCUCAAGUGAGUCCGACAAGCACGAAGUCGACACCUACGCCGUUACAAACACCAAAACUACUGCCCAGAUGGAAAGCGGGUAUGCUUCAGCGACAGAUCAGCCAAAUGAAUCUACGUCGUCGCGCCCGUGCGUUCAGUCUCAGCGACGUUCACUCCGACAGACGGGAGAAAACCGCUGCUCCUCUCAGCCCUCUCGCUAUGGAUAACAACGUCAAAUUCGUCGACAAAACGAAUCAAAAGACGGUGACUAUCGUGUCGCCGGCGGAGGAAAUGACCGCGAAGAACGAACUUCAGAAUUUCGCUGUAAAUCCUGCAAGUUUAAGAUACGAGCCAGCCUCGCCGUGGAAGGAUCAAGAAGACGCGACUUCGUCGAUCAAGCCUUUCGUCUCUGGAAUUUCUGGUGAGCCGCCUGCUGCGUUGAACGAAUCCACGAUUUCAAGUAUGCAAAAUGAAAGACACCUAAGAAAUAGAAGUUUCGUUCCAAUUUAUGAACCGGUUUACAAGCCGACGUCCCCCGAGGGUAAACUGACGUUCGAGCAGAAACUGAUAAAUCUUAAUGAUGUGAAUAGACCGGUUCAAAGGGCAACGCAAGAGACGAAUGUAGAUGUUACUGAAGCCUCAUUCAAAAUCGAGAAAAGCGAGAGUGACACGCAUACGUGCGUAAUCGAUAAUCUGGACGAGUCCCCAGAAGCGAAGUCUUCGACAACUAGUGGAAGUUCUUUAGGACUGAGAAGAGGGAAGCCUAGUGUACCGAUAGAUCCUUACAAGACACCGCUACAAGCGACGAUAGAGAAGCCAGCGAUCAAUCCGUUCGAGCAAUACAGAGCUAUGACGAGAUCUGGUCAAAAGGAAGACGCCGACUUGAAGGAGGUCAAAGUUGAGAAACCGCGCGAGAAACGAGAAGCAUGACUAGUGAUCGGAAAAAUAAAGAGGUUUGGAACUAGUUUUUGUCGACGAGUGUUGAGGGAUUGAUAGUUUUUUAAAGCUAUAAGCAAUAUUAAUGGUGCUGAGAAAGACACGACGUUAAUUUUUGCAAACAAGAAACAACGCCGUGUCCAUUUUUCCUGAACUUUACGAGCAAUUUGCGAAUUUAUGAAGUUACUGUGAAAAUCUUGCCCAUUAGAGGCGAGCCGCCAUCGCGAUGUUGCAGACCGUACUCUCUAUGUGCAAGAAAUUGUUUUAAGAACUUUUCUACUGCAAUUAAAAAAUUCGACGGACCUCGAGAGGCUGCAUAAUUUAAUAUGCAAACAAGAAUUGUAGAUAGAACGGUUACAAUUUUAUAUAAACGCGUCGAUAUUAGAAUAUGCAAGUUCUAGUGAAAUUGUAACAUAGUCGAAUAAGUCAACUAGCCGAUGGAAAGCUAGUCGAUGCACGUUAAUUUUCCUGACUAGUCGAAUCUGUAGUAGUUCUCAAGGGAGAUACGUAAUUUACAAAAUAUUAGAUAAUGUCUUAUAUUAGUUAUGAUAAUUAUUAGAUGUAAGUUUUGAUUAGAUAUAUAAAUUAUAUUAGCUUACUCAUUAGGAUAUCAAAAGCUGUGAUAUAAUACUGUACGUCCUCGAUUUAACGGAUUAGUAAUAAAAUAAAAUUACUUGGGUAAAAAUAGAUGUCGAGUGGAAGAAAUACUAUACCGAUAGACGCGCGAAAGAAUUUUCUUCGUCGAGUCUGUCGAGUUGAAUCGAAUAAAUCAAGAUCCGCUAAUUCGAGGAUUUACUGCCGUCGAAUGAUCGAAGGAAUUUACGGACCGACAUUUCGUAUCGCAGUACAAAUAUUGUCAGCUGCGAUCUCGUGAUCCGCACGUUCAUCACGUAGUCAUCCGCGGUCAUAUUUAUUUCGUCAAUC